GCUCAAAAAUUUCACUUUUACACUUUUUCCGCUCUUUCUCCCGAACCAAUUGAUUUUCUAUAGAUUGGUAUGCACUCCUUUUAGUUUUUACGAUACCUUUCGAUUGGUGUAUAACUCGUUAUGAUCGAACCAUCACUGAAGCUUUUUAAUUCUGCGGCUUUAUACAGAAGCCGCCUUCCCACACUCUCGUGGUGCGCUUCGGCACUACGUGAACUAUCGUCCACUAAGCAUUAUUGGUAAUAGCUGUGUUAAUAAAUCAGUCUACACCAAAAAAUCAAUCUACAACUUUUAUUGGUUGUAUAUUAGCAAGCAAUAUUUUUCUUGAUAACAUCCAUAUUUUUGUAAUUUUAUAUACGUAAGAUUAUCAUCCCCUACAAGCGCCAUUACCCCUUUACUCAUUUUACUUUUGGGAAAUAUUCGAAUCUUGAAACGAUUCGGUAGACGAUAGUGGCAAUUUAAGUGUGAGUAUUAAACUUUAUCUUAAUAACUGCUGCUGAUAGCCCUUUUCAUGACUCGCAGCUGGGUAAUAAGAAUGUCGAGAGAUCUAGCUUAUCAUGGACUCUGAUCGCGAAUUUCUAAUUAUACUUACCAUAAGCAAAAUUUUUUAUUACUUUGCAAAAUCAUCCGACACUAGAGUAGUUAUUAUGCCCCACCUGCAAAAGUGGACUUUCCUGAAAAUGAGUUUACGAAUUCCAAAAGCAGCUAAUACAGCGCCAGAUAAAAAUUAAAGGUAUGUUUCUAGUCUCCAAGUUCGAUUCAGUCGACCGCUCUGACCGAACUUUUCCACGUUGGGGGUCUUAUCGGGGGCAUGGACUGCUGCCGAAUCAGACAUAAUAGCCAAAACUUUGGCCCCCUAUCAAGCCAAUGGAACACCUGUGCCUCCUUUAGUCUUUCGUUUACCGCCAAAGCAAUAGCUUGCUUAAGUCCAUGGAAAUACUAGGCAUGGGUGAUGAGAACAAAGAGGGGUGUUGUCUGCUCUUAAAGGAGGAGUUCCAACGCUCCAAGUUCUCGCUGCGUUAUGAGGAACCUGGAGUCUUCUGUCGGUCACAAUGGCAGAAAGGGGACCGCAAUUUAAUCUGGCUGCUCUAUCGAUGGGCUCUGGCUGCCUUCUUUGCCGCUGGAGUUAUUGGCAGCAUGAUGCAGGAUUUUAAUGGCGGUCGGUGGUUCAUAUUCCUCACGGAUUGGGGAUUUACCCUGUGCCUGUUUACCUGCACAUACGGCGCUGUAAUCGCCACUAUUUACUACUUUAAUCAAUCUUAUUUCGCUCCUGGCGAUCGAUGGCUAAAGAUUUACUGGAUAUCUCACUAUACCACUUCUGUUCUAUCAAUGUUGAUUACCACGGUCUUUUGGGCAGCGCUUUCCUCUACCAUGCCCGAAGUGGCCGGUGAGCUCUACAACUUGUGGUGCCAUGCCUUCAACUCGAUCUGCAUGGUGCUCGACUGUUUUAUGGUGGCUUAUCCUAACCGCCUCAUGCACUUUAUCUAUCCCUUUUCCGUUGUGCUUAUUUUCUUGGUACAUUCCUUGAUUUACUAUUGGGCCGGCGGUACUGACAUCGACGGGAAUCGGUUUAUCUACUACGCACUGGAUUGGGCCCGUCCUGGCCUGGCGAUUGGAUUUGUUUGUGCCAGUUUGGCUUUAAUCUGUUGCUUUUCUUUUGUGGCUUUUGGAAUUUACCGGUUACGGAUCUCGAUGUACAACUGUCGCAACAAAAAGCAGGAGGAAACGGCACCCCUGAAAACUACUCCCAAGGACUCCCCUCUAACUGUUUAAAUUCUAUCAUUUUUAAUCGGUCUCAAAACCAUGGUAUAGAACAAG